UUCGGGGGCCGCGGCGGCCAUGCUGAACCCGUACCGAGAGGCGAGUGGGGGGGGGGGAGGGAACGGGGUCGGUCGCAGGCGCGCAGGAGGCCGAGAGUUGGGCGAGGCCGCGGCCUCGGCGGAGGGCUGGGGUCUCGGGACGCAGGCCCGGGCCGCGCCGCCCUCGUGAGCCCCGCGCGCGCGGCCCUCGGGAACGUUCGGAAGCCGCGCCCUCGUGGCCGCGGGCGGGGGGGGACGGGGGAGGAGCGGACACGUGACCCGGCCCAGCCAAUCGGAGCGCCGCUGACGUGGUGCGCGGCCCCGAUGCUUCCCCCCCACCCCCGGCGGCCGGGGAAGGGAGGGGCCGGGGGCGGCGCCCCCUCCCCCCACGCCGCCGCGGCUUCCGGGGGGUUGACACCCCGGAUUCCGUGCUCCCCCCCGGCCGGGGCCGAGGGCGACUUUGGAGCCGCCCCCCCUCCCCGUGGCUCCUGGAUCCAGAGUCUCCCUGCGGCGGCCGAGAACGCCGGCCCCGCCCGCCACCCCCCUCCCUGCGCCCCGCCGCGCCGCCGAUGGAGGAGGAGGUGCGAAUGGUGCGGCCAGCCCGCCGCGGGCGAUCGGGGCUGCCCGGUGCCCGCAAACCGGGAGGACUCCGUGGGACCCGGCGACGGGGAGAGUGCCACAGCCCCGGGGAGAUGGCGCCCGCACGCCUUCGGCCCCCUCCUCCCCCCAGGACUCGCCGAGCCCCAGCGCAGCCAACUGGCUAGGAGACAGGGCGGGCGGCCGCUCGGCUCUGCGGCACUCGCCGGGCCAUCGACGCCUUGGAAAUGGAGCUGUGACGUCACCCUCUGAGCGGACCAAUCGGAAAAGCUCCCGCGAAGAGGCGGGCCUGCCUCCCGGGCUUUGCUUCUUCACGCGCGUGAGCGAGCGAGCACGCGCAGAGGGGCGGGGGAAGGCGCGAGCAGGGUGGCGCGCAUGAGCAGCGAAGCUCCGCCCCUCCGGCUAUAUAUAAAGCGCUGGCGCGGGGCUCGGCGGCGCCAUUUCGUGCUGGAGUGGAGCGGCCUCUAGGACGAGCCGGAGGAGCCUGCCUGCCGACCGAGCCUCCGGGGGCCGUCCGUGCAAUCCACGUCCAUCCGCCUGGAAAUGGGCUCCGUCUCCGCCCACGGCCGGCCCCGGCGGGCAGUGCAGACCCCAUAGGAGCCCCUGCAGCCCCCCUUUCCGGCCCCGCCCAGUCCUCGGAGUCCGUCCACCCCUCUACUCCGCCCUCAAGAGGAUUCAAAGAUGGAGGCGGCGGCCCUCUGAAACCCCUUGGGGUCCAUCCGCCGCCAUCGGAGAUCUUGCGCGGUUUUGGCUGCCCUCGGCGGCCGGGGCAGGAAGCGGGGACCCCUGCAGACCGGCGGCGGGCGGAAUUGACGGCGGAGUCCAGGACCGGGCACGGCCGCGGUCUGCAGACGGCGCUCUCCGCGGCUCGCCGGCCGGCAGAGGCCGCCGCCAUUUUCCUGCUGCCGCCGCCCGCGGAGCGCGCCAAGCUGCCGGAGUCGUGCGGAGGGCGGCGCAGGAGACCGCGUUCGCGCCGGCCCGCAGCGCGGCUGCCGUCUGGAGGGCCGCGGGCAGCGGCCGCACCCCCCCUCCCCGGGUUAUGCUGGGCCCGGCGGUGAGGGGAGCCGAGGCCACCCGGACUUCGCGCGGCUGAGCGGCGGCGGCGGCGGUUCCCCGAGGUCAAGAUGCUGCAGAACGUGACUCCCCACAAGCUCCCUGGGGAAGGGAAUGCAGGGUUACUGGGGCUGGGCCCAGAGGCAGCAGCACCAGGGAAAAGGAUUCGAAAGCCUUCUCUGUUGUAUGAGGGAUUCGAGAGCCCCACAAUGGCGUCUGUGCCAGCUUUACAACUGACCCCCGCCAACCCACCACCCCCUGAGGUGUCCAAUCCUAAAAAGCCGGGACGGGUCACAAACCAGCUGCAGUACCUGCACAAGGUGGUGAUGAAGGCGCUCUGGAAGCACCAGUUUGCGUGGCCAUUCCGGCAGCCUGUGGAUGCUGUGAAGCUGGGUCUGCCGGAUUAUCACAAAAUUAUAAAACAGCCUAUGGACAUGGGUACUAUCAAGAGGAGACUUGAAAACAACUACUACUGGGCUGCCUCGGAAUGUAUGCAAGACUUUAACACAAUGUUUACCAACUGUUAUAUUUAUAACAAGCCCACCGAUGACAUUGUCCUGAUGGCACAGACACUGGAAAAGAUCUUCUUACAGAAAGUGGCCUCCAUGCCACAAGAGGAGCAAGAGCUUGUGGUGACCAUCCCUAAGAACAGCCAUAAGAAGGGGGCCAAGUUAGCAGCACUCCAGGGCAGCAUUACCAGUGCCCAUCAGGUGCCUGCUGUUUCUUCUGUGUCGCAUACAGCCCUGUAUACACCACCGCCUGAAAUACCCACCACUGUCCUCAACAUUCCCCACCCGUCGGUCAUCUCCUCUCCCCUUCUGAAGUCCCUGCAUUCUGCUGGACCCCCGCUCCUCGCUGUGUCGGCAGCUCCUCCAGCUCAGCCCCUUGCCAAGAAAAAGGGCGUUAAACGGAAAGCAGACACCACCACCCCCACACCUACAGCCAUCCUGGCUCCUGGCUCCCCAGCCAGUCCUCCCGGGAGUCUGGAGCCGAAGGCAGCGCGGCUUCCUCCUAUGCGCAGAGAGAGUGGCCGCCCGAUCAAACCCCCGCGGAAGGACUUGCCUGACUCGCAGCAGCAACACCAGAGCUCUAAGAAAGGGAAGCUGUCGGAGCAGCUGAAGCACUGCAACGGCAUUCUGAAGGAGCUGCUCUCCAAGAAGCACGCGGCCUACGCCUGGCCUUUCUACAAACCAGUGGACGCGUCUGCUCUUGGCCUUCACGAUUACCAUGACAUCAUCAAGCACCCCAUGGACCUCAGCACUGUCAAGCGGAAGAUGGAGAAUCGCGACUACCGGGACGCGCAGGAGUUCGCUGGUGAUGUGCGGCUCAUGUUCUCCAACUGCUAUAAGUACAAUCCUCCUGACCACGAUGUUGUGGCCAUGGCACGAAAGUUACAGGAUGUGUUUGAGUUCCGCUAUGCCAAGAUGCCAGAUGAGCCACUGGAACCAGGGCCUUUGCCGGUCUCUACCGCCUUGCCUCCUGGGUUGGCCAAAUCAUCUUCAGAGUCCUCGAGUGAGGAAAGUAGCAGUGAGAGUUCCUCUGAGGAAGAGGAGGAGGAGGAGGAAGAUGAAGAGGAGGAGAGUGAAAGCUCAGACUCUGAGGAGGAAAGGGCUCAUCGCCUGGCAGAGCUGCAGGAACAGCUUCGGGCAGUACACGAACAACUGGCUGCCCUAUCCCAGGGCCCAAUAUCUAAGCCCAAGCGGAAGAGAGAGAAAAAGGAAAAGAAGAAGAAACGGAAGGCAGAGAAACACCGGGGUCGAGUUGGGAUCGACGAAGAUGAUAAGGGGCCUCGGGCACCUCGCACGCUUCAGCCCAAGAAAUCUAAGAAAGCGGGUGGGGGUGCCAGUGCUGCUAUGCUGGGCCACCCUGGCUUUGGAACUUCGGGAGGAAGCAGCAACAAGCUGCCUAAAAAGGCCCAGAAGACAGCCCCGCCUGUCCUGCCUGUUGGUUACGACUCGGAGGAGGAAGAAGAAAGCAGGCCCAUGAGUUACGAUGAAAAGAGGCAGUUAAGCCUGGAUAUCAAUAAAUUACCUGGGGAGAAGCUGGGUCGAGUUGUACAUAUCAUCCAAGCCAGGGAGCCCUCUUUACGUGAUUCAAAUCCAGAGGAAAUCGAGAUUGAUUUUGAAACACUCAAGCCAUCCACACUUAGAGAGCUUGAGCGAUAUGUUUUAUCCUGCCUUCGAAAGAAACCACGGAAGCCCUAUACUAUUAAGAAACCUGUGGGAAAGACAAAGGAAGAGCUAGCUCUGGAGAAGAAGCGGGAACUGGAGAAGCGGUUGCAGGACGUCAGUGGACAGCUUAACUCCACCAAAAAACCUCCCAAGAAAGCGAGUGAGAAAACAGAGUCGUCCGCACAGCAGGUCGCAGUGUCCCGGCUCAGCGCUUCCAGCUCCAGCUCAGAUUCCAGCUCCUCGUCCUCGUCCUCAUCAUCUUCAGACACCAGCGAUUCAGACUCGGGCUAAGGGGCCAGGCCAGAUGGGGCAGGAAGGCUCCGCAGGACCGGACCCCUGUACCACCCUUCCCCACCUCUUGUCCCCUUGCUGUGACACUUCUUCAUCUCACCCUCCAUAGGAGAGCUGGCUCUGCAGUGGGGAGGAAAGCAGGGACACGGACAAACCAGACUGACUUCCCAGCCCCGUCGGGAACGACCUCGGGUGCAGGGUCCCUGUUGAGGAUGAUGGGGGUGGGGCAAGGGUAUGGGUGGGAGUGGGCAUGGCCUGGCACGAGGCCCCCUGAGGCCGCAGCUGUCCUGUUCACUUCUAAGGGCCCUGUUUUUGAGGUUUUAAUUUAUUUAAGCUAGGUAGGCUGUGAGGGGUAGCACUGCGGUCGGUCCUCCCUCCAGCCUCCGUGGGGAGGGAAGAAGAGGGAGCUCCUUUUUUUACGUUGACUUUUUUUUCUACUCUUCCCUUUUCCUUCCACUCCAUUUGGGGCCUGGGGAUUUUAAGUCACCUCUCCAUUUGGCCUCCCAGACUAUCUUUUCUUUCUCUUGAUUCUAACUUGUAAAUAAAGAAAAUAUUAUUGAA